AUGGCAAACAGGCACCUGGUUCACUUCGCCGACCAUACCAUCCAAGUAACAGUGGCGGAUAAAGCCGCUGCCUUCGAUGAGUGGUUGAAUGAAGUGCUUUCGCUGUAUCCCGGAGAACGUUUGAUCGUCGGCUUGGACUGUGAAUGGAAGCCUAACCUCGACGCCUCAAAGAUCAACAGAACGGCCACAUUGCAGCUAUGCGUGGACACCAAGUGCCUCAUACUGCAACUCUUUUACAUGGACCGCAUUCCUCAGAUAUUGGAGGCCUUCCUCAACGAUUCCAACGUUACCUUUGUGGGGGUCGAGGUUGAUGACGACGUGAUGAAGCUUCGGAGUGAAUAUGGUCUCGGAUAUUGCAACACAUGUAACACUGUUGACAUUCAGCAGUUGGCUAUGUCGCGCUGGCCGUUGUUGUAUUACCGUAAACCUGGGUUGAAAGCUCUUGCUAACAGAGUUGCAAAUCUUCCUAUGGAGAAGCCGUUGCAUGUUUGUCGGAGUAACUGGGAGGCUAGGGUUCUUGAUGAGAAGCAGAUUGAGUAUGCUUGUAUUGAUGCCUACGCUUGCUACAGAAUUGGCCGCAAGCUACUGAUCGGGUACUAG